UGUGAAAAUAGCGUUUCUAUGCGCAGCAAGUUCGGAAAUCUGUCCAGGCACGCCGCAUAACGCCAUUUUGUUUUUGUUGUUAGAAGAGAAAAGUCGGAAUGUCUAGAUACAGAGAUGGUGGUCUUGAUGUGAAAGUGUAUGUAGGAGACUUGCCCAGAGAAGCAUCUGAGAAGGAACUGGAGCGCCACUUCGGUUAUUAUGGACGACUAAGGAGUGUGUGGGUGGCGCGAAACCCACCAGGUUUUGCAUUCAUCGAAUUCGAAGACCACCGAGAUGCAGAUGAUGCAGUUAGAGCACUGGAUGGAGGGACCAUCUGUGGUGCGCGUGUCCGUGUGGAACAUUCAAAUGGAAAAGUGAGGCCGAAGCCCUGGCAGAGAGGUGGUGGGGGAGGACGCAUGGACCGUGGUCCCCCACGGAGCAGAAAAGCAUUCCACCCUGAUGACAAGUGUUAUGAGUGUGGCGAGCGAGGACACUAUGCAUACGACUGCUACCGACUGAGCAGGAGGCGAAAACGAUCAAGGAGUCGAUCCAAGAGUGCUUCCAGAAGUCGCAGUAGGAGCCGAAGUCGUCGUAGGAGCAGGAGCCGAUCUGAUCGCCGAAGGAGCCUGAGCAGGAGUCCAAGUCGAAGCCCCAGAAUGAGCAGAUCCCGAUCACGCGAUGAUCGCAAGGAUGACCAUGCAGACUGAGCUAGGUAAACUACAAGAGCAAGAUGGAGAGAACGCGAAGUGGUUUACGACGUCACAUGUUAUAUUGUGUACAGUACUUUAAUCAUUACAAGACAAAUUGUAGAUAUCCUUUGGCAGUUUGUGUCAGUUGAUAUUUUACACCUGCAUGGUUACGUUUUGUUUCAUUUUUUUUUGUAUUUCAUGUUCAUAAGUCACUCAUGAAAAGUUUCAGAUUUGUUUCAUUGAAAUAUUUAGAAAAGUACGUAAUUUUUAUUUUACCAAAAAAAUUUGUGCAUUUAGUAUUUUUUUGAGCCAUGUAUUUUGGUACUGCUUGAAGACUGAUUUUUUCCAAUAUCCAAAAUUAGUUAAGAUUUUUAAAAAGUAAAUUAUCUUUAACAUUAACUGGUAGAGUUCAUAAGAACAAAUAAAAAUUCCACAGUGGGGGUCAAGAGUUAGAUGAAACAAAUAUUUUGUAUAUUGGUGUGUUUUGAUGAUAUUGGUGCUCAAGGUGUAAUAUUUGGAGUGGAAAGUAAUCUUUCAAAUUUUAAUCUGUCAUUAAACUACUUUUUUUUCAAAUUUCAAUCUAGAUGAAAAUGUCAGGUAAUAAAAAAAAGUUCUAGACCACAUGUAUUUCUAUCAAUUUUACACAUUUUAUGUAAACUAAAUAGUGUUGACAUAUUGCUAUAUACUAUAGAAUAUUUUUAUUGGUGUACUGUCAUGUAAUCCUUGAGCUUAUUCCGAUGGCCUUAACUAACAGACUUCACACUGUCCAAAUUGAUUCUCGGCAUUUUGAGCCUUGGUUUUGGUGCAGAUGGCCAUAAUUUAGUUCACCAAUAUUGUAAACCAUGUAUACUUCUUGAAUGUUUUCAGUUCAUAUGUGCUGUAAUGUUUGUAAUAGGCAUACCAAUUUCAGCUUCAUCUAUCCAUUUUAAAAACAAUUCUUUUUUUAAAUCUUUUUAUUUUCAUCAUUUGCACAUUCACAAUUAUGUAAAUUGUAUCAUUACAUGUUUCAUUUAACAAUAAAAUGUUGUGAUUGUU